AUGGAGGCAGAAGACUUGGCAACACAAUGGGAGAGGUUUCAUCUCUCAAAAGAAGAAAUCUCAUGUUUCCAUGCAAAUCCAAAACAAUACACCGAGGAAGAUGCACGGGGCAAACACUGCAUUGUGGGAAAGGCCCUAACGGAGAAGAGUGUCAACAGUGAAGGUUUUAGGGUCACCAUGUCGCAGAUAUGGAAGCUGGAUGGGUGGGUUACUUUCAAGGAGUUGGGAGAGCAAUGUUUUCUGAUGGAAUUCCAAAAGAUGGUAGAUAAAGAUAGAGUACUAAGUGGACGUCCAUGGUUCUUUGAUAGACACCUGCUAACCAUGAUGGAAGUGGAUGAAACAGUAUCCAUCCAUGCACUGCAGUUUCAUUUUGAACCCUUUUGGGUGCAGCUGCAUAACCUUCCAUUAGCCACCAUGACAGAAGAUUUUGGUCAGCAAUUUGGAGGAUCCAUUGGACACGUUAUCAGAGUGGAAGCCGAGGCUGAUGGACGUGCUUGGGGGAGGUGUCUCAGAGUAAGGGUAGCGGUGGAUCUACUUAAACCUUUGUUGAGAGGGAAAUGGCUGAAGCUAGGUGAACAACAGCAUUGCAUUUCCUUCAAGUACGAACGUCUACAAAGUUUUUGUUUCAAAUGUGGGGUGUUGUCCCACAAAGGUAGAAACUGUGCUCGUUUAAGAGCAGAGCAACAAGGAGAUGAACAGGCCUCGCAUCAGUUUGGCCCCUGGUUACGAGGACAACCCAGGAACACAAACAUUUUUGAUAGGCGCAGGUUUGGUGGUGGUGGGAAUGGAAACCAACGGGGUGGUGAACAGAAAGAAGACAGUGGCUGA